ACCCACAAGUUAGUAUAGUAGAGAUCAGUGCUUACAACACAGUCCAUUGAGUCUUCUUCUAUGUUUUUUGAGGCUGGUUUUAUGUUUAUUUGACAACGCGAGGGCUACCAGAGUGAAGGAUAUUAACAAUGUUGCCAGACAUUGAUGUAAGGGAUCCUUCGGGACGUGUCCGAGCUCUAAGUCGACAUGCUGGUCUGGUCGAAGUGGAUCAUAACAUCCCCCCUAAAAGGUAUUGUCGAUCGGGGCUGGAAAUGAUCCGCAUGGCUGAUGUAUACAUGGAAGAGAGGAACCUGCCGAGUGCAUUCGUACUUUAUUCCAAAUACGUCACUCUGUUUGUUGAGAAAUUUCCAAAGCAUCCAGAUUAUAAUCAGGUGACAGCUGAAGAGAAGGAGCAAGUGAAAAAGAAAUUACAAGAAGUCUUUCCAAAAGCAGAGAAGCUUAAACAGUCAUUGUUAAAGAUAUACAAUAAGGAGUUGGAGGAAUGGGAAGAGGAGCAGAAGCAUGUGACGGCAGAGGAGAGGAGGCGUCAGGAACUGCUCACCAAACAGCAAGAGGAGAGGAAGGCCAUGGAAGAGGAAAAGAGAAGGCAGCUAGAGAAAAAUAAAAGGGCUGAAGAAGAGUGGGAGUGGCAGUUGUUGGUGGAGCAGGAGAAGCAGAGGCAGCUGCAAGCUCGCGAGGAGCUAGCAGACGUCGCCGCUGCCAUCAGCCUAUCCGAGAUACAACCACAGCUGCCCGACGCCGCGCGAACGCCGUCAGCGCCACCUAGCAUGCCGUCGCGCGACUCGAAGCCGCAGUUUGAGCCGCCGCCGUCCUACGACGUCUCGAUCCUGCGUGACGACGCGUCGCCGCAGGCGGGUGUCGACCGCUCGACGAAGCCCGCGCACCUGACGAGCACGGCUGGCGACGGAAGAAUCUGGAAGAAUGACAUGCUGCGUCUAGGGAGGAAUGAGCGUGUGAUGCUGAGAUGGAUGUGUGGUGUGAAGCCAGAGGACAGAGUCAGCUCCGGUAUCCUGCGUGAGAGGCUUAAGAUUGAAGAUCUGGAAUCCACCCUUAGACCUUCCGCUCUCGUUUCCGAUUCCUCGUCCGCUUCAAAUGUUGUUCCCGAUUUCUCGUCCGCUUCCACUUCUGCUUCCGAUUCCAAUCUGGCUUCUGUUUCCGUUUCUGAUUCUGGUUUCUCCCUCGCGGUGGCGCCUCCGUUGUCGUCCGGCUCGCGGAUUCUGACCGCGUUGGUCACCGGCGCCACCUGCGGGUUGAGCAGCUCGAGGAACCGCGGCGUGCCCGCCGGCGCCACCUGCUGGCUGAGCGACUGGAGUGAGCGCGGCGCGCCCGUCGGCGCCACCUGUUGGCCGAGCGGCUGGAGGGACCGCGGCGUGCCCGCCGGCGCCACCUGCUGGCCGACAGACUCCUGGAGUGACCUCGGCGCGCCCGCUGGCCUGUGGAUGGGGCCGCGCCAGACGUGCGGCGUGCUCGCGGGCCGGCUGUCGCGCGGCCGCUUUCUCGUCACGCACCUGCUCGUGCCGCAGCAGCGCGGCACGCCGGACUCGUGCGCGACCGAGAACGAGGAGGACAUCUUCGCGUGCCAGGACCGGCACGACCUGAUCACGCUCGGCUGGAUCCACACGCACCCGACGCAGACGAGCUUCCUGUCGAGCGUCGACCUGCACACGCACUGCGGCUACCAGCUGAUGCUGCCCGAGGCGGUCGCCGUCGUCUGCGCCCCCAAGUACGGCGAGACGGGCGUCUUCUCGCUGACGCCCGACCACGGCCUGAGCUUCAUCGCCAACUGCAGGGAGCAGGGCUUCCACCCGCACCCGUCCGAGCCGCCGCUGUUCGAGGAGAGCGCGCACGUGACGGUCGAUCCGACCGCCGAGGCGACGAUCGUGGAUCUGCGAAAGUGAACGGACGACGCGGCAACGUGAUUACGCCGUACGUACGUGUAUGGUAUGUAUGCGUACAUUAUACGUACGUGUGUGGUACAUAUGCGUACGUUAUAAGUACGUGUGUGGUACGUAUGCGUACGUUAUACGUACGUGUGUGGUACGUAUGCAUACGUUAUACGUACGUGUGCGGUACGUAUGCAUACGUGUAUGGUACGUGUGCAUAC